AUGUGCUUUCUCCUUGCGCAAAUAUAUAAACAAAUCUCAGUUUCAGCUACUACAGCCGUCCCUGCAGCUACGACUGAUGCGGUAGGUUUGUGGCCCUUGAACGCACGGUUUGGAGCAUCAGACAUCACCGGUAACGGAAACGACGGGACAUCAACGGGGACCCAGUUAGCCGCAGGUCCGUAUGGCGAAGCCGACGGAGCUUUCCUGUUUUCUGGAACUGCAAAUUCCUACAUCGACAUUCCCAACAACGGCAAAUUGGACGUGCGCUACUCCUUCACCAUACUGGCACACGUCUAUCCUACAGGAGAGGAUGGACCGAUCUUCGACUACGUCGGGACCAACCCCAAUAUCUGGCAUUGGGCAUUGCACUUUUGGCAGUUGCAACCACAUGACCUUCAGCUGCGGCCGAUAGGCAGAGAUGGACAUUUUUCAUCUGAUGUAGUUGCAAGAGUGCUGCAACUGGACGCCUGGAACUACGUUGGUGGAACCUACGACAGCACAACAGGAGUGGCCUCCCUCUGGAGCAACGGGGAACUGGCACGUGAACAAUACAUCGGGGUUACCGAAGUUGCAAGUCAGCAUCCUGUCCGGGUGGCGGUGAGGGCCCAGGACGAAGAUGAUCCUCGGUACUUCGCGGGGCGUAUCGCCUGCCUGCAACUGUACAACUACGCCAUGACUCAAGAACAGAUUGUCGCAGCGCGCGAUGCUUGUAAAGAAUCGGUGUUUCCGACAGUCCCUGGUCAGUUGCUGACAACAACGAGCUCAAGCGAUAUACAAACAGCCUACACCUGUGAGUGGGGCACCUUGCAUCUGUCGUGCGCGGAGGGUAAGACGCUCCUGAUCAUGGACGCCACCUUCGGCCGGGCGUCGCCCGAUCGGUACCCCGCCUGUGGAUGUUCCGUCUGUACCACCGACUGCCGGGCAGCCAGCAGCCUGUCAGUGGUGAGGGGAGCCUGCCAGGGCCAACAGCAGUGCGCCGUGCGGGCCGAUUACUUCGCUUUCGGCGGAGACCCCUGCUCGGGUGUGCAGAAGUACCUGGAUACGUCAUACCGCUGUAUCACAGGUGUGUGGAUGGUAAGGGAUCCGUCAUGGGUUGUGGACUCCACCGGCACACCGUGGGCCCCAGGCAACGGAGUGACGUAUGAUGCCGCAAAGGCAUUGGAUGGGGACACUGAGACCUUCUGGAACCCCCAAGGUGUCUGGGCCAACUGGUAUAUAGUGCUGGACCUCACAGCGUCACAUACUAUUACUCGUGUCGCUGUAAACAACUACGGCGACACAAUCCAUGACAUCGCAGACUUUACGAUGCAAAAUUCACAGGUUGAGAGUCCGUACAACUGGGAGGACGUCGUGACUGUUACUACCGUGCAGGGAGGGACGAGCCAGCGGCAGGAGUUCGGCGGGUUCCAGGGAACAGCUCGGUAUUGGAGGUUCCUAGUUACUGAGACCCACUCGGGCUGGCAGCCAUGGCUCAAAGAGCUAGACCUCUACGGACUAUUACCAGGGUAG